GAAGCGGCGGCGGCGGCUUCGGCGGCUUCGGCGGCUUCGGCGUCUGUGAGCUGAGAGGGUCGGCGGGCUCCCAUCCUAACGUUCUCUGGGUGAAGCGGCAUCUGCCAGGCAGAGGUGUCCACCAUGUUCUCCUUCAACAUGUUUGACCACCCGAUUCCCCGGGUCUUCCAGAACCGCUUCUCCACGCAGUACCGCUGCUUCUCCGUGUCCAUGCUCGCAGGGCCUAAUGACAGGUCAGAUGUGGAGAAAGGAGGGAAGAUAAUUAUGCCGCCCUCAGCCCUCGAUCAACUCAGCCGACUCAACAUUACCUACCCUAUGCUGUUCAAACUGACCAACAAGAACUCAGACCGCAUGACGCACUGUGGUGUGCUGGAGUUUGUGGCCGACGAGGGCAUCUGCUACCUCCCACACUGGAUGAUGCAGAAUUUGCUGUUGGAAGAAGGGGGCUUGGUCCAGGUGGAGAGUGUCAACCUUCAAGUAGCCACGUACUCCAAAUUCCAGCCUCAGAGCCCUGACUUCCUGGACAUCACCAACCCCAAAGCAGUAUUAGAAAACGCAUUAAGAAAUUUUGCCUGCCUGACCACAGGGGAUGUGAUUGCCAUCAACUACAAUGAGAAGAUUUAUGAACUGCGGGUGAUGGAGACCAAGCCUGACAAAGCCGUGUCCAUCAUUGAGUGUGACAUGAAUGUAGACUUCGAUGCCCCACUGGGUUACAAGGAGCCUGAAAGACAAGUCCAGCAUGAGGAGUCUGCUGAAGGCGAAGCUGACCACAGCGGCUAUGCUGGAGAGCUGGGCUUCCGUGCCUUUUCCGGCUCUGGAAAUAGACUGGAUGGGAAGAAAAAAGGUGUAGAGCCCAGUCCCUCCCCAAUCAAGCCUGGAGACAUUAAAAGGGGAAUUCCCAAUUAUGAAUUUAAACUUGGUAAGAUCACUUUCAUCAGAAAUUCACGUCCACUGGUCAAAAAGGUUGAAGAGGAUGAAGCUGGAGGCAGAUUCGUCGCUUUCUCUGGAGAAGGACAGUCGUUGCGUAAAAAGGGAAGAAAGCCAUAAGUUGGGACUGUUGGCUGAUUGGAAAAUAAAAUAAUCAAUUGCAACAUAAUGGCUUUUAGUUACUGGCUCUGAUGGGAUUAGACUGUUGCAGAGGAUGCUGUCACUUUGUGUUUUGUUUAGAGUUACCUAAGAAUUACUGAGUCUGACCUGGAAGUGGAACAAUCAGACUUGGUGGUUGAUUUUGGGAAGGAGAAAGCUCACUCUGAGAUCCCAUAGGCAAGCCUCCUCCUUGCCCCUUCUUGUUUUCAGCCCUUGGGGGUGCUCCCACUGCCUUAGCCAAAGCAGAGUUCCCCAAUUCCUGAUAAAAACCAAUGGAGGGGAUUGGGUUGCUCUAACUUGAGGUGUUGUUUCUCUUUUUUCACUUAAUCCUCUCUUUUCCCAGGU